AUGGCCCCCUACAACGCCGCCCAGUCGCAGACGCGAGACUCGCUGGAGCUUGCUUCGCUGGCAAGCUCGAGCAACAGCAAUGGGGGCGCCACCUCCGAAGUGUCCUCGCGGCCGAGCAUAUCGUCCUCGCGGAGGCUCUCACUGGUGGAGGAGGAGGAUCCGUUGGACGACGAUAACCCCGCGGCGCGGAUGGGCAUGCGCGGGCGAUCAUACUCGGUGUCAUCAGCGUUUGACUUUGCGGGGAACCUCUUCCCCUUAAGCUCGACUACCGGCACUGGCGGCUAUGCUCCUAUAGGCGCACCGACAAGCGCGGCGCGGGCCGGGGGCGGUCUGGGUGGAGGGUCACUGGAGAAGCACAAGACGUUGACGUACCUCAACGGACUGUCGCUGAUAAUCGGCUUGAUUAUUGGGUCUGGGAUCUUCUCCUCACCCAGUCAAGUGAGCUCCAAGGUUGGAUCGCCGGGUGCGGCUCUGAUCGUCUGGAUCGUGGCCGGCAUCCUGGCCUGGACAGGCGCCGCCUCAUACGCCGAGCUCGGAGGCGCCAUCCCUCUCAACGGCGGCGCGCAAGUCUACUUGGCAAAGACCUUUGGCGAGAUGGCCGGCUUCUUAUUCACCUGGGUUGCAGUCUUGGUACUCAAGCCCGGCAGCGCCGCCAUCAUCGCCAUCAUCAUGGGCGAGUACUUUGUGCGCGCCAUCAUCGGCGCGGAGGCGGAGACGAUCAACCCCUGGGUCAACAAGUCGGUUGCGCUCGUCGGCCUUGCGAUAGUGACGUUUCUCAACUGCAUUUCGACGCGGGUGGGCACGCGGGUCAACGACUUGCUCAUGUUUCUGAAGUUUGUGGCAUUGCUGGGCGUUACGGUCACGGGCAUCGUGGUGGCGAUUACGGGAUACACUUUCAAGGAUGGCGACCAGAAGGGCAUGUCGUGGAAGGUUGAGGAUUGGUUCAGCAACACCUCGUCGGACUUGUCGAACUGGGCUGUCGCGCUCUACGGCGGUCUGUGGGCGUUUGACGGAUGGGACAACACCAACUACGUGGUCGGCGAAUUUCGCAACCCAAGUCGCGACCUGCCGAGGGUUAUCCAUACAGCGAUGCCCAUGGUCAUCCUAUCCUAUGUUCUCGCCAACAUCGCCUACUUUCUCGUCCUACCUCUCGACAUCAUCAACAAAUCCAACACCGUGGCCGUCAUGUUCGGCUCCAAGGUGUUUGGAACCGUCGGCGCCCUGAUUAUGGCUCUGCUGGUCAGCGCGAGCUGCUUUGGCGCUCUCAACUCCUCAACCUUCACCGCCGGUCGCCUCGUCUACGUCGCCGGCAAAGAGGGCUACCUCCCCAGCCUCUUUGGUCGCAUCGGCGCGCAAAACGAAGACGCCCACGGCAUGUCGACGCAGCGCACGCGCGGCUGGGUCACCAAGAAAGUGCGCGGGUGCUUCGGCGACGACGACGUCGGCCUGUUCUACACGCCGAUAUACGCGCUGAUCCUCAACGGCGCAUUCACCGCCGGCUACGUCGUCAUCGGCGAGUUUUCCACGCUCGUGACGUUUUAUGGCGUCGCGGGCUACACGUUCUACUUCAUCACGGUGCUGGGCCUCAUCAUCCUGCGGGUUAAGGAGCCGCAGCUGGAGCGCCCCUACAAGACGUGGAUCACGACGCCCAUCAUCUUCUGCUGCGUCAGCGUGUUUCUGUUCAGCAGGGCGGUCUUUGCGCAGCCGGUGCAGACGCUCGCCGUGGUGGCGUUUGUGGUUGCGGGCAUUCCCGUGUACUUUUGGAGGAUACGCGGACGGGAUCAGGUCCGGAGAAAGGAGGGAGAGGGCGGAGAGAGGAAGUGGUGGAAGUUUUGGAGAUGA